AUGGUGAAGGCUCCGAGUGCUCCUCCUCGUCCUCAACUUGACGCCCUUCUCGACGCUUUGUUCUACUGUCCUUCGUGCACAGCAUGGCGAACAACCAAACCUCUUCAAUCCAGCCUGCGAAGAGCUUUCCGCAGCGCUCGUCAAAGCGCCUCCACCCUUAGUUCUGGCACCGCGGUGAAUGCCACGAAAAAUAUCCCUACCCGAUAUAAAGCCCUCUACGAAGCUCUUGGAGAUGUACGGAAGAAGGCAUCUGCACAGGUCAACUUGAGCCGGUUACAGUUGGCCCUUCAAGGCCUAGAGUUUGAGAUUCCUACAACAAGAGUGGCGGUCCUGGGGCUCAACGUUCCAGAGACUGCACGGAGGAUUGUGCGGCUCCUCCUCGCGGACGCAUUGAAAGAUGAGAGUCAGUGGGAACGACAAUUGCUCAAGCAGGACUCAGAUUUCAGUCAGGGUCUUGUGAUCCGCUACGGACAACCGCCAAAUCCCAAUCUACCACAAGCGAGGAACCCAAUACCAGUUCUCUAUGUGCCCUCGGAAAUUCUCGAGAGGAAUAAUAUCGAAAUUCUGGUGUCUGCGGUCAGCGGUCCGAGGACAGGGGAGCUUCUACAAGCCGCCCAAGCGGUCACGUCGGAUGCGUUCCUGUCGCCCUCAAUCGGAACCCCUACAGCUGCGAAUGGAAGGCAGACAACCAUCAGUCAGCCAGUGCAUAGCAGUUUGCUGGUAACGAACGGCUUGGAUGAGCUUCUGAUUGCUGCUGAGUUGUUGGCGUCUACGAAUUUUGCGGCUGGAGAGGAUCGAAAGUCUGUCAGACUGGUAGCCAACCUGGAGGGUAUCGAGGGGGAAGCACCGGGACAGGUGCUGAUUGUGAAUGUGGCAAAGGCCGAAGAAGGUCUCGCCGCCAUUCGCAGGUCAGUUGGAGAGGCUACUAGUUACGAACACAAAUGGAUUGAUUCCGGAAUGCCGUUACUCUCGAGCUGGCUUACAUUGGCAUCUGCUUCGAGAUCUGAAGGACCGAUCCCAACGCCCGUGAGGAUGCUGAUUUCAUCGCUUCUCACAAAUGCGUCUAGAAAUCUCCAAGCUCAGGCAGCGUUGGAGGCUAGAUCUCAGGCCGAGAGGAGUCUAAGUCUCGCAACACGAGCGAAUCUGGAGGCGUCAAUUGAAGAAUUCUCGCGUAAAGCGCAUCUGGAACUACAAUCCGGCCUAGCCUCGGCUUGGAGCUCGCGCAACUGGCGAAAACUGGCAUGGUAUAAACUCUUCUGGCGCGUGGAUGAUGUGGGCUUGAUCAUCACCGAUCUGGUAACGAAUGCCUGGUUACCACAUACCGAACGAGCGGUCUAUGAACUAUCUGGCCGGUUAUCUCAAGCUGGCAUCCUCCCUAUGGAUCUCAUUUCUACUUACAGACAAUCAGAGGGCAUUGGGACGACACGAACGACGGUGGACAGAGUUGCGGAAGCUAUUCCUGUUGUGCAGGCUCAGGCCGAGAUGGCGACAGAUCCUCCCAUGCAGCCGGUUGUGACUAACGCUGCUGGCACUGUAGAGGCCACAAUGGCAGCGGUCGGCCGAUCGAUCCCCCUUUCGACUUCUAUAUCCAUGACUCGCUCGCGACAAAUCGACCGCGCAAUCAUGAACCUUACCAGUACAGCCCAGCAAAUCGUACUCAAGACCCUUUCUCUCACAGGUCUCUCUGCCGGUCUUUCUGCUCUGACCUACGUGUCUAUCACCCCAGGCAGUCUGUACGAAGCCGGGACAAUAGUGGCCGUGGGCACAGCAUAUGCAUUAUGGCGCAUGCAGGGUGACUGGCUCAAAGCCACCAAAGCGCUGGAAGAUGGGCUCUACGAGGAGGGCAGAACCGUGAUUCAGAAGAUUGUGGGCAGGAUGACUGAGCUGAUCGAAAAAGGUAGCCGAGUGAUAGAGGAUGAAGUCGAGGUGCGGAGUCGACAAGAGGCCGAGAAUGCCGUGAUGAAGGCCAGGGAGGAAUUGGACAGACUGGAAAAGUGA